AUGGGCGCGUCGCAGUCAAAGUCCGACGACGGCUCGCAUGUCUUCCACAGCGAGACCCCCAUCCAGGACCUCGUCAAUCACCUCUCGGACCAGUCCUCCGCUCCCGGGACUUCUGCCCCACGACAAGAGACUAUAGAUGGUCUCAUCCGCCAGCGGAUUGAGGUAGAGAUUGAACGUCUUCGUGAGGAGGAGAAGCAGGUUCGGGAUGAGAUCGAGAGGGAGCUAGAGAAGGAAAACCUCGACCGUGAGCGGAGUAUGGCCGGCGACGCGAGUUCGCCCGAACACGCAGAGGACGAGUCGACCGUCGGCGACAUCAAGAGCAGCGCCGUGCUGAUGGGCGAUUUGGAGGAGGUUAGGAGUAAGGUUGAGAGGUUCCAGCAUCGGCGAGAAUUAACGGAGUUACCGACGUUGAAAGCCAAGGGAGAGGCUGUCGUCGAGUGCUACAGGUCAAAUCCUACCACCUCACUGAACUGCUGGCGAGAGGUUGCCGAGUUCAAGUCUGCAGUGUCUCAGGUUGAGCAGGACUACGUUACCUCAUUACGUUGA